GAUUCCUGAAGGCUGAAGCAGCAUCCUGCUGAUUGGACUCGGAGCAUGGAAAGUGGCUGCAGAUGACCAAAGACGGUAGGUCCAAUUAAGGCAUCACGAGAAGUUGUGGAGCAAGGAGAGCGCUUGCAACACAGCUCCCCCAUGCCAAUGAGGUUGUAAGUGGUUAAUUUGCAUCUCGCAUACCACAAGCAAAGCUCAUCGGGCAGGUAAUGUCGGGCUAGUGGUCAGGCGAGCAGGUGCACCAACUUUUUGAGAGCAGUGCUCAAUUCAUCUGGAGGAAUCAUUCAUUCUCUCCUUCACAAGAUCAACUCGGUGGAGUUGGCAAACAAAAGCAGGGUAAACUGAGAGCUUACGGCGGCAUCAACUUCUGAUGGCUGCAAAAGCGGCUGCCAAUGACGGCGCCAAGAAUGUGGUGCCGAGUAUAAGCGCUGUGGCACCCACUGAUUGGACCACGGCAAGCGAGAACCCAAAGCUAGAGGGGUGCGGAGCCAAGGGGACUGAUUGCGAAGAGUGUUGCACAGGAUCAUACGGGUUCAGUCAAAUGCCAUGGAGGAUCUACUGUAAGAAGGGGUGCAAUCUGGAGGGUGACUGGAAAGACUGCCAGAGCUCCUGCAAAGACAUGUGCUUCAAGGACCCCACCAUCAGGGACUACAAGUGGUCCAGCUGGGUCGACCGAUCACCCGGCGAUCCAGUCAAGUCAAAGGCCUGCACAGAAGCAUGCUUGAAGGGUUGCCUAUGGCGGAUGUUCUUCCAGAAAGAGGACAACUAAUGAGCACAUCGAAACGAUGUGCGUUCAACAAGCUACUUCAACAUUCUUUUGUACGGCAGCGUUGCGGCGUUGAGGCCACUUAAACAGGAUUGCAAUGAGGACACGAGCGCUUGGAGUUGCUCCAGGUACAAACUUUUGUCUCCUAUUGGAUUAGAUGCUUGGACUUAAAGUCUAUGGAACUACUAAGCGGUAUAGAGUCGAACUUAAAGACCUCAUAAACCUUCAUAUUUGCACUUGCACUCGCUGGUAGAUUUUCAAACGUGAACUUAACUUUGAAUGCCUGAGUACCACUUUGGCCCAACGAUAGCUGGAUCGGCCCUCCAACUAGACCGUCAAAGGUCUGCACCUAGUCAAAUUGCGCAAGUCAUUGCAUGGAAGCCCG